UAUAACUCUUAUUUUGAAACUUGAAAUAAGUUACUUAGUUACAUUCCUGCCAUUGCUGAUGGGUUCCUGAAUAUCACUACGACUUGUUGUCCUAUGAGCCUACAAGUCAAAUCUCAGGACUAAUUUAGCCCGGCAUCCUGCUGGUGUGAGUAUCAGAAACAUGGCGGAAAGCGAGUUGAACGUUGACAGCAUCAUCUCUCGAUUACUCGAAGUGCGAGGAUGUCGACCAGGGAAGAUCGUACAGAUGACAGAGGCUGAGGUGAGGGGACUCUGCAUCAAGUCCAGAGAGAUUUUCCUCAGUCAGCCCAUCCUGCUAGAACUGGAGGCUCCACUCAAAAUCUGUGGUGAUAUCCAUGGACAGUACACAGACUUGCUGAGGCUAUUCGAGUAUGGAGGCUUCCCUCCAGAGGCCAACUAUCUGUUUCUGGGGGAUUACGUGGACAGAGGGAAGCAGUCGCUGGAGACUAUCUGCCUGCUGCUCGCCUACAAGAUCAAAUACCCAGAAAAUUUCUUUUUGCUCAGGGGGAACCACGAGUGUGCCUCCAUCAAUCGCAUCUACGGCUUCUAUGAUGAGUGCAAGCGCAGGUUCAACAUAAAGCUGUGGAAGACCUUCACAGACUGUUUCAACUGUCUGCCCAUUGCCGCAAUUAUUGAUGAGAAGAUUUUCUGCUGCCACGGGGGGCUCUCACCUGAUCUUCAGUCCAUGGAACAAAUUCGCCGCAUUAUGAGACCCACUGAUGUCCCCGACACAGGCUUGCUGUGUGACCUGCUCUGGUCGGAUCCGGACAAAGACGUCCAGGGCUGGGGGGAAAACGAUCGAGGGGUUUCUUUCACCUUCGGGGCCGACGUGGUCAGCAAGUUUCUCAACCGUCACGAUUUGGAUCUCAUUUGCAGAGCACAUCAGGUUGUUGAAGAUGGCUAUGAGUUCUUUGCCAAACGACAGCUGGUGACGCUUUUCUCGGCCCCGAACUACUGUGGCGAAUUUGACAACGCAGGCGGCAUGAUGAGUGUGGACGAGUCCCUUAUGUGCUCGUUUCAGAUCCUGAAGCCGUCAGAAAAAAAAGCAAAGUACCAGUACGGAGGGGUGAAUUCAGGACGCCCUGUCACCCCGCCUCGCACCACUCAGGCACCGAAAAAGAGGUGAGCGGCUGGCCCUGACUCUCCUGCCCCCCCCACCCCGGCUGGUCUCUGGCCCUGACUCUCCUGUCCCCCCCCCACCCGGCUGGUCUCUGGCCCACGUCCCUGCAGGCUGCCUCAAACACUCCAGCCCCCUCUCAGUCAGCUCGUUCAUGUGUAAACUAAAAACUCCAGGAGGGAGUGUUUUUUGCUUGUUCUGUGGGUAUUUUUAUGAACAUGUGAGUGCUAUUUCUUCCAUUUCUUUGGAUGCCAUGAUAUGUCGUAACUCAGCCCUCACGUGUACCACUCAGCCCAUUUGGCAGUACUUAAACCCAGACUCUUGCGGAAUGGGCAAGGUGUUCAGAAAAGAUGCUUCUCUGCUCUUCAGAUUACCGAUUUCCAUAGUGGUUUUGUGAAUGCAUGCACGCUUGUGAGACUGAGACGGGUUCUGUGCCCUAGUUACUGUAAAAUCCCUAAAUUCUCCAAGACAGCAGAGACAAUUGUUUCUUUUCUCACCUUGAUGUGUAAUCUUCACAUAAUUAAACCUAAUUACUGCCUUGCCCCUUUCGAUACUGGCUGAAGUGGCACAUUGUUUUGUAGAAUAAUUUGACAUUUUUACCUUCAUGUCUGUUAAUAUUAGCCUAAGCUAACUUAGUUUAGCAUAGGGACUGGAGUCUGGGGAAAACAGGUAGCCUGGCUCUGUCCAACUGAAACACACCACCAGCUCUUUAAUUAACAGUAUCCUGUUUGCAAAAUGUAGAUUUUUAGUUCUCACACAGGUUACCUGUUUCCCCGUUUCCAGCCGUUAUGCUAAGCUAAAUUAGCUGGCUGUAGAUUCAUCGACUUCCAGUAUUGAGCAAAUCAUCCAACAAAUUGAAAUACACUGAGUCGCUUUCUUGCCAAGUAUUUCCUUUAAGUAGGGAUGGGAAUAGAGGUCCGGAUCGUAUACCUAUGAGCUUAUUGAUUUGCUUUUACUGAUUUCUAAUCUGCUUUCCAAGCGGGCAGCACGUCUGUUACUAAGGGUAAAUAUCAGGGUAAAUCAGUUCCUCGCAGGCGUGUUUAGCAUAUUUCGUUGACUAAGAAAACCUAAAUGACAAUGAAUGCUGUGCAAAUAUGAGUGUGAGCCAGUUGCAAAAUAAACAGCAGUGGAGCCUUUGCUCAUCUGAGUCACACACAUGCCUUUGUUCUGCUGUUUCUACACUGUGUUCACACUCAGAUAGUAAAACUCGACACAGAAAACCCGCGUAGGACUGCGACUUUCUGAUCAGUAAUCAGUAACUGAAUCUUUAAAGAACUGGACCGAUAAGCAAAAUCCACAAUGGUGUGGGUUUCAGUAAAGUUUUAUUAUUAAUUCCCAUCCCUGCCUUUCCUUUCGACUCAAGAAUGUUUUUCUCCCUGUGGAUUUUGACGAUACAAGUGCAAUAAAUAUUGCUAAAAAAAAAAAAUAUCUUGCAAUAUGCAAGAAUAAACAAUUGUAAAGGCCACUGAAGCCUGUUUUUUAAGAGGACAUAGCCAAACUGUGCUGUACCUUCAUGAGGGCAUUCAUGCACAGUAGGUGCUCUGCAUUAGAUCUGUGUUUCCAACCACCAACAAGCUCUUUUUCAAGCUUUCAGUUGCACUUCCAGUCACAGCAUGACCUUGUAAAGAGUUCAAAAUCAUCAAGACAAGAUGAUGGCCUUUUGUUUGUUGUUCCCACUUGUAGUUACUGAAUGACCCAAUCAUUUCCGACUCACUAAUGAACAUUUAACUGAUGUGUUUUUAUUUAUUUAAAUCUCGCCUUUUGCCUUGUAAAUCUAUUGGUCUUCUAGUUGGAAACAGUAUGUUGAGAUGUUUUCAAAUUUGUACGAGUUUGUUUCAGACAAGUGAAAUAAAUGCUGUUGAGCCCGUC